AUGACUCCGGACCAGGAGCUAGCGGAGCAACUGGCAGAAGCGCGCGCCUUUCAAGCAGAAGCUACGAAAGGUGGCAACCGUCAGAAGAGUCGCCGCUCAGCCCGCAACAGAGGCAGAGGCGGUCGCGAUCAUGGAGAUUCUCCCUCCACCUCUCCUAUCACCCAUUCUUCUCGUGGAGGUCGAAGUGGGAGAAGCCGCGGAGGCUCUCUUCUCCAGCCCGCGGCCUUCGAGCAAGAACAGAGCGAGAGUCAUCUCCCUGCCACGCCCUCUCACACUCCUCAGACCACCAAACCUCGCCCAUUUGCCACUCCGAUUGUGGCACCCCCUUCCGCCAACAGCGGAUUAACUCCGUCUGCAACCCCAUCCGGUAUCGGUGGCUCUUUUUUUGCCCCGCAAGCCGCCCCUAAAGCCACCGCUUCCAAAGUUCAAGCUCGUGCGACAAGGGGAAGACGUUUUGGGGUGAGCAGAUUUGCAUCUCGAGAGGAACAGGAUGCCGUGUUUGCAUUCUUCAAUGACGAUACCCCAGCCCCAGUUGGCGAGGUUAGGUAUUACCAGGAAGAAUACGAGAAGGGAACAAGUGAGGUACCGAAGCCGAACUCAUUCAGCUUGCAAGAGAAUUACCCACAGCAGCCCAAAGAGACCUCAAGUGCGGCUACUAGUCACCUUCAGGACGAGCCCAGCACUGUCAACCUAGAGGCCAAGAACGAGACCAACCCCAAGGCGAAAGCGAAGGCCCAAAUCAAGGCUAGUGAUGAAGUCAACGUUGAGGUCUCGGACAAAGUGGCUCUAGUCGACUCCCAGAAUGUCAAUGUCCAAGAGCUCGAGCAUGCUGCGCUCCUUCGUGAGCGUGAAGAGCAGGAGCGAAAGCAGCAGCUCCUUCGCGAGAUCGAAGAGGGAGAGGCGACUCUCGCAGAAAUGACGAAGCUGAUUGCCAUGAUGAAGGCCAAAGCCGCAAAGCUUCAUGUCAAUUCUGCUAGCGGGGAUCUUAUAGGAGUCUUACAGCAAGUCACCAAUACCGGUCCCAGCGCGAAUAGUCCUCAUCAAGGCGCUUCUGCGGCAGUAAUCAUCACGCCGUCCACAGCAAAACACAGGGACGCUUUCAACAGCCAGACCUCAGUCCCGCGGAAUACUGGAGGUGCCGUGCCUAACACUACGUCCAACUCUAUGGGUGACUUGAUGAACCUCGAUUCUGAGCGAGUCACCAUGCGAUACGUUCCGCAUCCCACCCAGAUUGAACCCUUAGGUUUCAACGGCGGUCAUUCCUCUUUCCAGAAUGGUUUCCAGGAGGCUGAAGAUGAGGAGGAGCUUUAG